AUGAGAAGGUCUUCGUUCCUUACUAACAGAUUUAAAAAGAGGGGAUACCCGAGAAGUAUUAUAUCCCAGGCCUACCAGAGGGCUAAUGGCAUUGAAAGAAGAUCACUCCUUGAUGGGACUUCAGAAAGACUGGAGGACAACACUCUAAGAUUUGUGGCCACAUACAACAACCAGUGGCAGGACAUCAGGAAAAUAUUGGGUGAGAACUGGAACAUUUUGCUAUCAGAUAACCAGGUUAGAAACGUGGUACCUGAGAGACCAAUGUUGGUCUCAAGAAGAGCGCCAAAUUUGAGGGACUUAUUAACAAGGAGCCACUUUCAGAGACCCACAAGAACUUUAGGCCGGGGCUUCAAACAUCAUGGAUCAUAUCCGGGUGGAGACUGUACUGCCUGUCAGUUUAUGACACCCAAGCAGGAAUUUACCAAUCCACGAAAUGGAAAAAGUUACCAUCUUAAAAAUUACAUUAACUGUAAAACAUCACAGGUCAUAUAUACUAUCAUUUGCCCUUGUGGUAAACUAUACGUGGGGCAAACAGGACAACAGCUUAGAAAAAGAAUACAGAAGCAUCUAUCCACCAUAGCAUUGGCUCGUCGGGACAAAGACAGAUUCAAAACCCUGACAACCGUGGCAAACCAUUUUUUAGAACAUCAUGGAGGACGUCCAUAUGGCUUACAGGUUAUCGGCCUGGAAAGAGUUACGACAAAUAUGAGAGGAGGACCCAUUACCCAAAGACUGCUACAAGUAGAAUCCAAAUGGAUUUUCGAAUUGGGAACAGUGUCUCCCUGGGGCAUGAAUGAGGACCUACUGUUUACUGGCUUCUUGGGCCGACGAUCAUUUAGGCAUUUUCUAGUAGGGAUGAUUUGA